AUUCAAACACUUUUCCUCCGCCCCCUUUUCAGAAACAGAAACGAAAAAAAAAAUGGGCUCCUCGCUGGACACUCCGGCCAAAUGUAUCAUUUGUAGGGAGUUGACUCGAAACCCCGUUACUCUGAAGUGCAGGCACCGAUUUUGCCAGAGAUGUCUGAGUGAUUUCUGGAGCGCGGGCAGCGGGCCGUAUCGCUGUCCUUACUCGACCUGUGGGAGCGUUUACCAGAGGCUGCCGUUCGAGGUCCCCGCCAGGACCCUGGUCACCGCAAGUACAUCCAGCAACACCGAAAGCAACUCAAGUAACUCAACACUGACGAGACCCUCGCUGUUCAGGCAAGUCUGCGGGAAGAGAAAGGCCAGUGUGGCUGUACUGGAGCAAACUGGAACAAAGCGUUCACGUGUGGAAUUUCCUUGUGAAAUAUCUGAUGCUGAGCCUGCUACCACUUCUUUGUCAGAUAACUCAGGCCAGUCCACUGAUGCAGAGCCAUCCAGUAAAGAUAAAAGCCCCGAAUCAGAGCAUGCUGGUAACACGCCAUCAUCUCAUGGUAGUGACGCAGUCAGUGAUGUCCCACAAGUCAUCUCAAACCAACACGAACCAGAAGAAUUCAUUACAGUGAUCGAAUCUGACAGCUCAGAUGAAGUAGAUAUAUGUGACUCUGCUGUUCUUGUAACACCUAAGAAAGGCAGACAAAUCACUGCUUCAGAUGCAAACUCAGGCAGCUCUUCAAGUGUUUCAUCUCCAGAAAAAGAUCAGCCACCUGUCAACAAGGCAAGCCCAACAGUCAAACAUUCUGGAGACACCUCAGGAUAUCUGAGAAAUGUUGGCAUCUUUCUCAAACCAACAAGCAAAGAUACCAAUCCUGUGCUUUGCCACUACUGCCCGAGCACCGUGCAGCAGAUUGCAGUGAAGACCUGUUUGGUGUGUGGAGCAUCGAUGUGUGCUGAGCACCUUCGCCCUCACCUGGAUUCACCUGUGUUCCAGAGUCAUACUUUGGUUUCUCCCUUGGAAGAUCUUUCUCUCUGGAAGUGCCAGGAGCACCAGGAGAUGAACCGUAUCUAUUGUCGGCAGUGUGCGACUUGUGUGUGCACUGUGUGUACUGUGAUUGGCUCGCACCGUGACCAUCUCUGCAUCAGCAUCAAGGAGGCCGAGAGAGAGCUCAGGGGAAGCCUGAAAGACAAGAUCAAACAACUACAGGAAGAGGAACACCAAACAAUGCAGAGAAUGGCUGAAUUUACCCAGAUGAAAAAGAACUCCCAAGUGGUUUUAAAUGAUUCACGAGCAAGAGUGCUGCAGCAGUACGGAGCCAUAAAGGAGGCCCUGGAGCAGGAGGAGCAGUCAGCUGUUCGGUGUGUGACAGAGGAGGAGAAAAGGGUUUUAGGCAGACUGGGGGACAAACUGGAACACCUUCAGAAGGCAUUGUCAUCUAUCCAGCAUGGACUUCACAAUCUGGAGGAGCUCGCUGAUGCAAAGGGGGACAAGCAAAUCCGGGACCAGGCAUUUCUUAUUGAAUAUAGCAAGAUAACCGCAAUUGAUGUCGGGGGUUGUUCUCUGCAGUGGGACCCCCUGGAUGAAGUAGACCAGGAUCGUCUGAAAUGUUUGCAGAGGUGGACAGAGAAACGUCUGGACACCGUCGUCAUCUCAGAGCCGGGAAAAGACAGAGAUCUCUGCAGAUUGCUCUAUGGGAUCAUCCCCUCUUUGGAUCCAAAUUCAGCUCAUCCAAAGCUGCUGUUGAGUGAUAACAACCGGAGUGUGACCUACACCGAGGCACAGCAGCCCUACAUGGAACACGAGGCCCGAUUCAGCUCCUUCCCGCAGGUUCUUGGGUCACGUGCAUUGAAGGAAGGCAGCUGGUACUGGGAGGUGAUUGUGUCUGCAGACGAGGGCCGCUGGAAAGUCGGCCUCUGUGAGAGUGAGAUGGAGAGGAAGGGCCAAAAGGAUAGUGCACGUCUGGGCUUCAACGUGCACUCCUGGUGCUUGGCCUGUGCCAAGCGGAAGAUGGAAGCACUGCAUAACAAGAUAUCAGUUCCUGUGGUUGCUGAGGGUCUCCAGAGAGUGGGAGUGUUCCUCGAAUUUGACGAGGGGGUUUUAUCAUUCUUUCAUGUGACACCAGGGGGCAGUCUAGUCUUACUGCAUUGUUACAAGCACAGGUUCACUGAGCCUCUUUACCCAGCCUGGUCCAUAUCCAAAACACACUUGGCAAUCUGUGAUCUGUUCCAGUUGUAAUUCUUUGCAGGGGUAAAAAGAAAAAAAAAUUGUUUAGAUGUUAAGAUCAUCUGUUCAGGGAAAUGUUUUGAGGCGCUGUGUGUGGUUUUACCAUGAUCUGUACAUAAUGCCAAGCUUAAUCUAUGUCCUUAAAUGUGAUUUUUGCAUCACUGAUUGCAUUGGAAUUAUGCAAUGCAAGAAAUGCUGUUUACAGCACAUGUAACAUUCCAGAUGUUAAUCGCAUAUCUUCUGAAUUAUGACUUUUACUAGGUGCAGGUUUUAAGCUGUUUUUGUUAGACUCAUCAGGAAAAUAUUUAUCAUGACAAUUAUUUUUAAAUGUGCUUUGUCUUAAACUCCUUGUUAUCCCAUCUGUUGUUCUAUAAAAUACAGUGACAGAUUUUCUAAACAAAA